CUCAUGAAUCUUGAAUGAGAAGAACCCACGGACUAGAACAAGAAGGAAUUGUAACAAUACGCAACAAUGGACGAGCGUGAAAUUGAUAUCAUCUGUGUAUUUUUACAAUGCUUUGCAGUUACAGUCGUGCUUGUGGAAUGUCAUUGAUUUUUCAAAUGUGAAAAUGUUGGAUUUCUUUACAGGGGAGUAAGGAGACUGUGUUCUGAUAGACCUCAACAAAGUCCCAAGUUCUAUUCAGGGCUGUGGUGGCUGAGUGGUUAAGACGUCUGACCGUCUACGACCGCUUGCCCUCCACUACUGGGUCGCAAGUUUGGAGGCCUACUUUGGGCAGUUGCCAGGUACUGGCAGAAGAAACAUUGUAAGUCCUGCAACAAAGGGGAAACAUGUCACGCCUCCAAGGCCCUAGGUCGUUACCUAGCUCGAGGCACAGAUCACUCUCUGCCAAUGUCCGAUGCCUGCAGGAAGCCUUGAAUAGUGUCCUCGAAGAGGAUGAAAGGAACGUGUUUGUUGGUGCCCUCAAUGAUUAUCACACACAUAGAGAUGUACAGUUGUUUGUAAGGAGACUUAAAGCUAUACUCAACACACAGUCCAAACGUCAGCUUCUGCCUCUGAUUCGGAAGGUCAUGCCUGGAACAGAUGUUGAGGCUUUUGACAGAUGGACUGGUAGUAGAAAGACUCGUGGAUCACUUUCUUAUAAGUCUCGUCAUAUUCCGAGAGAUACACACACAUCAUCAGAACAAUUUCCACAAGUGUCAUUUGCAAAGUCUCAACGUAAGCCUCGGCAGAGUCCGAUGAGUACAAAAUCAGAAAAAAGUACAAGGAAAAAAUCAAAAAGUGUUUUCGGUGGAAAAGUAAAAUCUGAACAUGCGUCAAAAUCACGAUCAACGCGAAGUGCUCCGGUGUCAAUUUUGCACAACAAUGGCCAUAUAAACAACAGCAUUAAGAGUACUAGGGUUUCUAAAGCAGGAUCAGGGUCACUCAUGUCCCUCACACCUCAACCCAAUGAGGUGCUCCGAGUAAACCUAGGUCAGCCCCCUAACCCAGAGGAGGGGUUUGGCUUCAGUAUUCGGGGAGGUUCGGAGUACGGACUUGGGAUAUACGUAUCACAGGUGGAUGGUCGUAGUGUGGCGGACAAACAGGGCCUACAGCCAGGCGACAUGAUUAUGGAAGUCAAUGACAUCACAUUCAAGAAAAUUGCUCAUGAUGAGGCAGUCAGGAUUGUCAAGGCUGCUCGGCGGUUGGAGCUGGUUGUGUGUCGGGUGGGGCGGAUUCCAGGAUCGUUUGAGAUCCAUCAGAUGUACAAAUGGGUCGACCCGUACGGUAGAACUGUACCUCCACCCCCAGAACUGGAACAGAUUGCUAAGUUAGAGGCGGGGACAAUCGGACGUAGGAGUGGACUUCUGCUACUCAAAAGUAGUGACGAGAGGAAGGUGAAUGUAGCAGUAGGGGAGAGAGACAAACUUGGGUUGAUGAUAAGAGGGGGCCUGGAGUUUGGCCUUGGAAUCUACAUCUCUGGUGUUGACCACGGGUCAGUGGCUAGGAGUGCAGGACUAAAGGUAGGUGACCAGAUACUAGACGUGAACGGUCACAGUUUCCUGGACACCACUCAUGCCGAGGCUGUGCGUGUGCUGAAGACGUCUCACCUGAUGGUCAUCACUCUCAAGGAUGUAGGCAAACUGCCCUUUGCCCGGACCACCAUUGACAAAACACAGUGGAUCAACCAGUCCCUGAUGACAGGCUCCCGAUCUAGUAGUCAGCUUUCCCUAAGUACAGGCACCCUGACCUCUUCCAGUACCCUGACCCCCAAUGUAAGUACAGGUACUGAGAGCUCAACAGCCAGCCUCACCCGCGAUUCUGGAUUCUCCAAGGGGGCGGGGUCUCAGCUAAUGCUGACCUCUCUGGCCAACUCGAAGUGGAACAUGAUAGAGGAGGCGGGAGGUCAACAGCUCAACGAAACGGAGCAUGGAACAAUGCGAUACUACCUAAAGGAGUACAAGAGGAACCACAUUACCGUGGACGGACUCGUGCUAGCUCUAACGGAGCUCCUCAACACACAUGCUAAGUAUACCUUGAUGUCCGAGAUAAGAACCAUCAUCCUUGCUAAGGACUUGGAGAAGUUUGACUUGCUCACCAAACAGAGGGAGAUAGAGUCCAGAAUGGCACGUCCUGCUGACUUCCUAUUCUCAGACAAACAUGCAGACAAAUAUCCCGACAGACACUCCAAUGUGUCUCAUGAAGUGAAAAGUCGCGGAAAGAAAAAGAGGUCCCAUAUGUCAUCUUCCAGACAGAAUUCAGACAAUGCGAGUUAUCGGUCAGAGGACAACUCAAGAAGAUGGGCUGACAAACGCCCUCCUUCCUCUCAGGUGAUCACAGAGAGUGACCUGGAGGCACUACGGUUGGCUAUAGAACAGAUCAGUGUUGACGGGACUGUGGACAGACUCCCAGACCAUCUUCCACAGUUCAGUGACCCAGGGUCCACACAGUCCAGCAGCAGUAUGGCCAGUCCAGCCUCCACACAUCAUGAGAUGUCCCCACUCCAGCCUUCCUCGUCCCAGUCCAGCCUUAUCAGUGAACAUAGACACACACCCUCCCCAAAGCCUGGUCCCUCACACCUGUCAUCGGCGGAGGACCGCCUGUCUCGCUUGACUGAUUCAAGGUACAUGGUUGAGGAGAAGCCCUCACGAGAGACUUAUUCCAAAUUCAAUGUUCCGAUACAGUUAACUGGAACCCCUUUGAGGAUCCCUAUGAAAGAUGUUCCCAUCAGGAAAUCAUACCCUCCAACAACACGAUCUCUCACUAAGACAGGGGUUCACAGAUCAGAGGUCAAUAGUUCAAUGGAGGAUGUCCAUCACAGAAGUCCCAGGUUAGAUGUCAACAGAUUGACAGAUGAUGUCAGUUACAGAGGCCCAAGGUCAGAGGUCAAUAGGUUGACAGAUGACGUAAGUUACAGAAGUCUGAGGUCGGAAGCGGAAAGAUGGACAGAUGACAUCAGUUACAGGAGGUCAAGGACAGGGGCCAAUAGGCUGACAGAUGACAUCAGUUAUAAAAGUAGAAGGUCAGAAGCCAGUAGGUUAACAGAUGACAUCACUUAUAAAAGUCGAAGGUCAGAGGCCAAUAGGUUGACAGAUAACAAUUUUAUCUUCCACAAGCCGACUUCAUCAAAUCAUGAUUCAGGGGUUGCCAUAGAAAACACAGUUCAUGCUGAAGUUCACCAAUACAGCAAGGCACCUGACAACCACAGUCCUGAUGAUGACAGUGGAGUGGAUUUAAAUGGCAGUAGUCGCCAUGACAACACAUCACAACAUGAACAAGAACAGGUGACGAUAUCUGCAGACAAUCCAAUUGACAUUGAUGAUGCCCUGUCUGCUAGAUCUGCCACUUCCACCUUGGACCGAAAUGAACGACCUUGGGCUCAGGAAUUCGAAAUCAUGGCCAACCACUUAAAUGAGGAGGCAGUGUUGAUUGCCGCAGCCAGAGAGAAGUACGGCGAUAUUCCGCUGGAGGUGGUCACCAUCCACAAAACUAAACCCACGCUGGGACUGGCCAUAGAAGGAGGGGCCAACACACGGCAGCCACUCCCUAAGGUUAUCAAUGUACAGCCAGGAGGGUCAGCAUAUGAGUCUGGACGCUUGAAGCCUGGACAGAUCAUUCUUGAAGUGAACGGUCAGUCUUUGUCUGGUAUGGCACACAUCGGAGCGGCUCGGACAAUUGCAGAGGCAUUCAAAAACAAGCAGGCUGAUCACAUAGAGCUGCUGGUCACAGAGGCUAACACCAAGCUUCCUCACAAGAUGGAUUCCUAAAACAAACUCCAUCACGACCCUGAUCUCUGAAACCUUAACCUCUAACAUUAGAACCAACUUAAAGAAAUAUAUACAUGCUAAUCCAAUAUGCCUUAUACAGUUUUUUUUAGAUAUUUGGUUUUCCUGGGAAGAUGUAACUGUUGAUUUUAUUCAUGUAACUGAUCAGAGAAUCACGUGAUAGAUGAAAAAUGUGACCAGGAAAAAUCAUAUAUAAAAACUUAAAUUGUAUAAUUUCAUCAGAGAAAGAAUUAAGAAAUCUGUUGAAAGGUUCUGGAGAACCUGGCCGGUAUUCAUGAAAUCGUUCUUAGGCUCAAGCAUUGAUUUUGAACUCAAACCUAAUUUAUUGUCCUGGUUAUAGAUUAGUAAAACAAAAUCUUAUUUUGUCAAUGAUUUGGGAAAAAUUUGAAAGGGCUUAAAGCCAAAUACUGUUCUCAACAUUUACGUCUUACUUUUUGACCAUUUCACUUGAUUUAAAUGAACUAUUCGAGCCGUGAGAAUCUUCCUCAAGCUUGAGAACAGUUUCAUGAAUAUGGCCCCUGGCCCCAGGACCAACAAAUAAUAUAGGCAUAAAUUUCACUCUUAGACGAAAUUUUCAAAAAUCAUCAACAUUAACUUUGGACUUAAUCAUAUCUACAUUUUGUGAUGACAGGUUGUAUGUAAAAUCUAAUCAAAGAAGUUUGAAUAUUUAUACAAAUCUAGGUAAUAGUUUGGAGUAAUGUGCAAUGCAGAUUGUCACAAAACUGUAGGAUUACCACGGUUACAAGGAAACUGGAAAUGACAAUCAAUGAUGGCUUAAAAAGGUGAUAGGAGUUUGGAAAAGUUGGUUAGUACCUUGUAAAUAUGUAGCUUUAUACUUUAUUACUGUAAACUGGGAAAUUUUUGCCCAUUCAGUCAAAAUUUUGGCCCUUUAAUUGUAAAAUUCAUUUUCGCCCAAUAUCAAAUUUGCCCUCUGUGUAUAUUUAGUUGUUUACCAAUGUUCCUUGUAAUGAUAAAUUCACCCUUGUUACAGAGGGCAAAAAGUGUGAAAAUUACACUGCAGCUAACAUUUCCCAGUAUGCAGUAUGCUUGUACAGCUGAACACCUCCUUGUAAUGAUUCAUGUAAAAUACCAGGUAACUGCAUUAAAAAUCCAUGAGUUACACUCUCGAUAUGCAUAUCUGCUCGGGAUUUUCUCAUUUUAUGAUCAAAGGCUUUUAAAUGCUAAGCUAUUCGAUUGGUUCCAUAUAACAAAACCCGACCAAUCACAAGUUAAAUGAUAGUCAUAAUAUUUCACACAUUUAUUCGUUUACAUGUACACCUCAGUAUAAUUUAUGUCCUAUUUGUUUUUUUAAAUAACUUUUGUUGUUGUAGUUCCAUUUUUUAACUACUAUAUGCCAGUGAUUAUCCCCCUUGAACCACUCAGCAGGGGUUCAGUAAUGCUCAGUGAUCUGUAGUACCUUGUUCAUCUUCGAGAAUGUGUAAUCUAAAUUGUCACAAUGAUGAUGUUGUAGGGACAUAACUGAUUAUGGAGCAUUGUUAACUCAUUCACCCCUGAAGACACAUUUGAACUCUUCUAAUUCAAAGGUUGGAAUAGUUCAUUAUGAAAUUUCAGGGGGGAAUGAGUUAAGGAGGAAUCAGAAAAGAUGAAUACAAUGUGAUCUAAAGAUCAUUUGUGUUUGAGAUAUAUAGUUGCUAAACUAAAGCUUGAAAUUUUGAAGUGUUUUCCUAAGAAGCCCCUAAAAUAAACCUAUAUCCCCCCCCCCUCCC